AUGUCCAAUCCGCUUAAGUCCUCCAAUAGUGCCUCCCCUUUCAUCAAAAGAGAGCAAUUGAGAAGAGAUUUCUUGAAAUCAAGACAAAGGAAAAACGGGACCCCAAAGCCUUACGUCAAGAAGGAAGAUCCGGACGCCUACGAUGAACGCACUAACAGGCUCUUAAACGGCGAUGGAACGGGAAGUGGUGGUAGUUCAGUCGCUCAUUCAGGUGUUAAACGGGAAAACCCGGAUCCCAGUCAGUACAACGAGUUUCCGUUAAGAGCAGUUUCUCACGAACACCUUGAGAACAUAAGAACUCACAUUCUCAAAUUCCAAAGUAAGAAGAAAAUUGAGCCGGCUAAGGACUUGCAUCUUCCAGUAAGACUGCAUCGUAAAGAUACGAGAAACCUGCAAUUUCAACUGACAAGAGCUGAAAUCGUCCAACGGCAGAAAGAAAUCGCAGAAUACAAGCGCAAAGCGGAUGCCGAAAGGAUUAUGGGAAGCCCGGCGCCUACAGGUACCGGAACAACUACGCCUGCUCCCACAGACUCGGGAGUCGCCACUCCUGCCCCUUCAACUGCCGUCGCAUCCCAAACAGGCACAGCAGCGGGUACACCAGCGCAAACACCUGUGAAGUUAGAAAAUAAGGAUGAAGCAGUUUCCGUGAGCACCACUGAAGGCAAAAGCUCAGAUACAAAACCGAAAGAGACACCGGUGCCACCUGUGACAAGGCUGGAAGAUGCAGGGGUAGCAGAUGAUCCGACCAAGGUUGGGAGAGUGAAGUAUGACGGGAAAGAGACCCCAGUAGCGGUUGAUGGCAAAGAGGACCCCUUCGCAGAUGUGGCUCCCGAUGGUGGUGGUCGUUUCAAGAGGGGUAAUGUCAAGAGAAAGACACGGUCGUUGAAGUUGCUAGACGAAAAUGCAAAGCGACUUAGAUUUGAAGAAUUUUACCCUUGGGUACUGGAAGAUUUUGAUGGGCUCAACACAUGGGUAGGGUCAUACGAAGCGGGAAACUCAGAUUCUUAUGUUCUUCUUAGCGUCGAGAACGAUGGAAGUUUUACUAUGAUUCCUGCAGAUAAGGUGUACAAGUUCACCGCCAGAAACAAAUAUGCUACGCUAACGAUUGACGAGGCUGAAAAGCGCAUGGAAAAAAAUGGGAAGGGUAUUCCACGUUGGCUCAUGAAGCAUUUGGACGACAUUGGAACGACCACUACAAGAUAUGAUAGAACCCAGAGAAGGCUACGAGCAGUGGAUGCUCGCCAGGGCGAAGACGAUAGAGGUGAUAACUCAGAAGUAGAGUUAGACUUUGAUGAAGAGUUCGCAGAUGACGAGGAGGCUCCAAUCAUUGAUGGUGAUGAAAAGGAAAACAAGGAAUCAGAGCAAAGAAUCAAAAAGGAAAUGUUACAAGCCAAUGCGAUGGGAUUGCGUGAUGAGGAUGAAGAUGACGUCGAUGAUCUUUUCGGGGAAAAAAAGAUAGACGACGAAGGUGAAAGAACCAUGAAAGCUCUUCAAAAGUCAGACAUGGCUGCUCUUUAUGAAUCAGACGACGAGUCUAAGCUAAACCCUUACUUAUCUGAGUCGGAAGCUGAUCCAGAAGAGGAAAAGGAGAAAGAGGAAGACCAAGAGAACGGAAAGGGUAGUAGAAAGAGCUCACCAAGAAAAAAGUCACCAAGGAGCUCUCUUCAGGGUCCUCGCAUUCAUGUUAAGAGUAUUAAAAAUUUCCAAGUAGUACUAAAAGCUGAAAAGUCAGUCUUGAAGAGUUUCCCCGAAGGGACAUGGAACCCUCACGUCAAAGCCGACCGCUUGAACGCUCCAGAUGGCGAUGUGUCCUCACCCGCAGUGAAGAUUGAAGAAAGCGUCGAAGAUCCAAACUUGCUGACAGAGAGUGACAUUGUGAAUGUUGUGUCAGGACGCAAAAUGAACUUAAAGCAGUUGAUAAAAGAGCUCAAGGAAAAAGUAGCAAGACAUCCUUCCAACAAGGAAAGAAUGAAGCACCUGGUGAAAAAGCUAGUGAAGCUAAAAGACGGAUACUUGGAGCUGACAACAGCAGAUUCUAGUUAG